AUGUCCACCCAAACCAACCCUCCAAGCAAACAGUCCGCCAACACGGCACCAAACACCUCAUACGAACACGAGCAGAUCUCGGAAUCCGAAACCGACCUUCUUAUCCCUUAUGUCUCCGACGACGACGACGAAGAUGAAGAAGACUCCGACAACGAAGCCGGUUCCUUCGGCCACUGCUGGCACUGCGACGCCCCCCUACCUCUGCCCACCUCGGAUGAAAACAACGUCAACUGUCUCGAAUGUCAGUUUCCGAACUAA